UGUGGCUGGGGAAUUCAUGUGGAGGUCAGAGUGGAAGCAGGUGAGAAUGUUGGAAGGUGGCUCAGGCCCGUGUCUGGGUGUCUCUGCAGAUUCUUCUUCCCUACCAUACACUCUUUGGGCGAGCGGGGUGUGAGUGGGCCGAAAGGCAAGAUCCAGCAGAAGAAGACAUGGCUGCCAAGGUGUUUGAGUCCAUCGGCAAGUUCGGCUUGGCCUUAGCUGUUGCGGGAGGCGUGGUGAACUCUGCCUUGUAUAAUGUGGAUGCAGGGCACAGAGCUGUCAUCUUUGACCGGUUCCGUGGAGUCCAGGACAUUGUGGUAGGGGAAGGGACUCACUUUCUCAUCCCUUGGGUACAGAAACCAAUUAUCUUUGACUGCCGCUCUCGACCACGUAACGUGCCAGUAAUCACUGGUAGCAAAGAUUUACAGAAUGUCAACAUCACACUGCGCAUCCUCUUCCGGCCGGUUGCUAGCCAGCUGCCACGCAUCUUCACCAGCAUCGGAGAGGACUAUGAUGAGCGUGUGCUGCCGUCCAUCACGACAGAGAUCCUCAAGUCAGUGGUGGCUCGCUUUGAUGCUGGAGAGCUAAUCACCCAGAGAGAGCUGGUCUCCAGACAGGUGAGCGAUGACCUCACGGAGCGAGCGGCCACCUUUGGCCUCAUCCUGGAUGACGUGUCCUUGACGCAUCUGACCUUUGGAAAGGAGUUCACAGAAGCAGUAGAAGCCAAGCAGGUGGCUCAGCAGGAAGCAGAGAGGGCCAGAUUUGUGGUGGAAAAGGCUGAGCAGCAGAAGAAGGCAGCCAUCAUCUCCGCUGAGGGCGACUCCAAGGCAGCUGAGCUGAUCGCCAACUCGCUGGCCACCGCGGGGGAUGGCCUGAUUGAGCUGCGCAAGCUGGAAGCUGCAGAGGACAUUGCAUAUCAGCUCUCUCGCUCUCGGAACAUCACCUACCUGCCACAUGGGCAGUCAGUGCUCCUCCAGCUGCCCCAGUGAGGCAGCCCUGACCGCGCCUCCUCGGGUAGACUCAGCCACAGCCCUGUUGAUUCUUAACACAGCCUUCCUUCUGCUCCCACCCCAGAAAUCACUGUGAAAUUUCAUGACUGGCUUAAAUAGUGAAGGAAAUAAAAUCACUUCAGAUCUCUAAUUACUCUACCAAAUAAAGCUCUUCUUUCCGUACCCAUUCACUUUUCUAUCCCUCCUCCUUAACCCCACUACCAAAAAGUGCCAAGUGCCUAUGCAGUGGCUUUGGGCCCCCUGCUUGGGGCCUGCAGGCGCUUCAGCCUAGGUACUGGUGAUUGGCAGAAGAAAGGCAAAGCAGCGUAUGUGAUUCACAGGGGGGCGUAGUUGUUGGUUUGAGUAAACUUGUAGCCUGAAACUCAUUUAGAGACGAUUUGAGGAAGGUGGCACACACAGCUGAGCUGAGAAGGCAAGUCUCCGUGUUCAGUGGUUGCUGCACAGAGCAGCUGAAGAGGUCCCAGGGAGGGUCAGAGAGGAAGUAGCUUGUCUCUUACCAUAAGGCUGAUUGUCUUUAACUGUGGGGCCAGCGGAAGCAGGUGUGUGCAAACCGGGCAUGAAUUGAAGAAUCUGCCCCUGUUGAGGUGGGUGGGCCUGAUUGUGCUGCCCCCUGGGGUCCUAAAACUGGGAUGGACUUGGAUAGGUGAGAGAGGAGGCCUGGACUGAGAUGUGAGAAC